AUGGUACCUUGCUGUCAUGCUUUGGCUGCUGGUCGAGUAAGAAACAUUGACCCCUACACACUUUUAUCCCUAUGUUAUUUCGUUGGACCAUGGAGAGCAAAGUACAAAGGAGUUGUAAUGCCGCGUCCUAAUGAGAAAGACCACAACAUCCCAGAAGAAUGUACGGAUGUAGCUGUGAACCCACCAAGGACAAAGCGCCAAGGGAGAAGGCCGAAAAAGAAAAGGAUUCCAUCACAGGGUGAAGUGCAUCACAAGAAGAAGAGAAUAACAAAAUGUGGGAGAUGUUUUGGACAAGGUCACAACAGGAAAACAUGCUCGACUUUAAUUUGA